AUCAACACGACCAUAAAAAAAUGGCGGAGGAAGAAAAUUUCGGAGAAAACGUAUUUAUGAAGAAAUAUCUCGCGUUGCGAAAUAAAUGCGAGCAUAUACAACAGGGAAAUGAGAGGCUUGUCAACCGAUUGCAGCAUGUAAAGAAACUAGUGAGAACCUACAAUAGGCAAAGAAAGUUUUUGCAACGACGUCUUGAUGGCUAUAAGGACAAUUACUGGGAUGCACAAGUUCCAGUCAUGUGGGAGGAAGACCAUAUGUAUAAUCUGCUAAAACCUCGUCCAGACCCAUCAGAAAUGCCUGUUCCUCAAACUGUGACUGUCUCCCCAGCUGUAAAGCAAAAACAACCCAGAAAACAUAAAUCUCUUCUUAAGUCACAUGAUAAAUCGCCAGCCAAUCAAGCAUCAGCAAGUGGGUCACAUGGUCUGAUGAUGUCACCAAGCAGUCACCAGAGUGAGGCCGUAUUUGCUAGACUUGCAGAUUCCGAUUCACCUAUUAAAAGACCUACCAGCGCCUUUAUGAUGUUUUGUGACCAGUAUAAGCUGUCUAUACAAAACGAGUUUAUGAGGGAGAAGAAGACUCCUAUAAGCCAGGCAGAAUUGACCAAAAGGCUGACAUUGAAGUGGAACUCCUUGGCUGCGGAAGAUAAAAAGAUAUACCAAGACAUGAUGGACAUUCAGCAUCGGAAUCGCAAGGUCGACCUCGGGAGCUCAUACCUGGAUCAAAGCGCAGACAACAUGUACAUUGAGGCAGAUGCAGCAGUCUCAUCUUUGUUAGCUGGCCAUGGGGAAAUUUGAUAUCUUUGGAUAAGAUGUUAGUGGUGGACAGUCUUGAUCAGAGUCUGAGUGUGGUAGACAAUGCCUCUACAGUAUUACAUACAGGACGGUGAAGAGCGAUACUAGAAGGAGUCCUAAAGAUAUUGUUUAAACUAAAGGGCUUAUAAAUUGAGAUUGUGUUCAUUUACCAGUAAGAAAAGUUGAUGAAAGGACUUGUUGACUUGCAAUGUAUUUGUGUUCAUUUACACACAAUUUUUAAGAGAGCAUCAUUGGUUUCAACUCUUCUGAUUCAAGUAAACCAUUUAGUAGAUGAUCAUGUUUUAUUGAUAUAUUGACAAUACCCAUGAUUAUGUACUUUCAGAAUGACAAUAAUUUAUUCUUAAACGAACGAUCUUUAGGUUUAUCUUGUUGUGCUCAUGUUGUGAACAACUUCUGAUUGCAGAUACAUGUUUGUACCUGUAAUGUCAAACUGUACCUUUGAUAUCCACAAUAUUGGCAUUGCAUGUUUUGACAUAUUGAAACUUGCUUCUUUUUAAGGUAAUAAAUAUGUGAAAAGAA